AUGGCUUGGGCAAUCCUCAUCUUUCUGUACAGCGUCGCAGGGGGUAUUUUCUUGCUCGAACUAGGUCCAUACAUCUACUUCACUUAUCCAGAAUGGCAGAUCUACGGAGGCAUUGGCAUAGGCGUCGGCGUUGUCGCUGCUAUCAACGUUCUUGCUCUCUCCAACGUGAGUAACCUGUCUGAAGAAGCCCUCGCGGACCCCUCAAACGUGCUAAUUCGGCCCGGUUUGUAUCCGCUAGCGAUCGUAUUUAUGGACUCGCGUUUGAAAUCCGAGAUCUUGUGGGAAUGCGCGAACGGACAGCAGCUCUGGCCCCCAUCGGAGGAGGCAGGCUACGGAGGGACGACCUCGAUGCCCUCGAUCUUGUGCACCGCUGGAUUCCCGACGAUCUACGUAGUUUUCAUCAUCGCCCUCCUUGUGGACCUCGCUUUCCAGUUGUAUAUGUUCUUCAUGACUUGGAGAUACGAGAAAUUGCUCCAGCACUAUCAGAGCAUGCAGCCUACUAUCGGGGGCUAUUACAAGGCGUGA